CAGCCCGGCUGAUCCGCCGUCCCUCAGCGCUUCUCCUCGUCCGUCUCCUCUUCCUCCUCAGCAUCCCUCUCGCUGCCCGGCAGCAUGACCCCCGCCGCGCGGCCCGCGCUGUCUGUUCUCCUCCUCCUCCUGCUCCUCGCCCUGGUCCUGUUUUGCCGUCCGCUGGCCGGCGAGCCGGGCGAGGGAGCGGACACCUGGUCGCGCUUCUCUCGCUUGCCCUUCCCCGAGGACGCCCUCUUCCUCUACGACACCUUCCCCGAGGGCUUCCUGUGGGGGGCCGGCAGCGCGGCGUACCAAGUGGAAGGCGCCUGGAGCCAGGACGGCAAGGGGCCCUCGGUGUGGGACACCUUCGCGCACCGCCACGCAGCGGCGCCUCUCCCAAGCCCAGGGGAGCCGCCGCCGCCGCCGCCGUCCGGGGACGUGGCCGGCGACAGCUACCACCACGUCGGGCGCGACCUCGAGGCGCUGAGCCUCUUGGGGGUCUCUCACUACCGCUUCUCCCUGGCUUGGGCGCGCCUCCUCCCGAACGGCACGGCGCCCGUCAACCUCGCUGGGCUGCGUUAUUACGCGCGCCUCCUCACCGGCCUGAGGCAGCGCGGCGUGGAGCCCGUGGUCACCCUUUACCACUGGGACUUGCCUCAGCACCUGCAGGACCGCUACGGGGGCUGGGAGAACCCCGCGCUGGUCGCGCUCUUCCGCGACUACGCCGAGCUCUGCUUCAAGCACUUCGGCGCCCACGUGCGCUACUGGCUCACCCUCGACAACCCUUACCUCGUGGCCUGGCACGGCUACGCCACGGGCGAGCUGGCCCCCGGCGUGCGGGGCGGGCGGGAGGUUGGCUAUCGAGCCGCGCAUAACCUCCUCAAGGCCCAUGCCGAAGUGUGGCAUCUUUACAACGAUCAUUUCCGUCCUGCUCAGGGAGGUAAAGUAUCAAUUGCCUUAGGUUCUCAUUGGAUAAAACCUAAAAAAAUGACUGGAAAUGAUGUAAAGGAAUGCCAAAAGUCUCUGGACUUUGUGCUGGGUUGGUUUGCCAAGCCAAUAUUUGUUGAUGGAGACUACCCGCAAAGUAUGAAGAAUUCUCUUUCCUCAGUCCUGCCAGAAUUCACUGAAACAGAAAAGAAGCUUCUUAGGGGAACAGCUGAUUUCUUUGCUCUUUCUUUUGGAGCUACUUUGAGUUUCCACCUUGUGGAUUCUGACAUGAUGUUUGGGCAGCAAGAAUCUCUGAGCCUACGGCCAUUGCUUUACUGGAUAAGCAAGGAAUAUAACAACCCACCCAUCUUCAUUGUGGAGAACAGCUGGCUCAUUUCUAGCAGCACGAAGACAGAUGACUCCAAGUACAUGAAUUAUCUUAAAGAUUUCAUUACAGAUACUUUGAAAGCUAUCAGAUAUGAUGGAGUUACUGUCAUUGGCUACACAGUUUGGUCUCUCAUGGAUGGCUUUGAAUGGCUCAGAGGCUACAGCAUUAGACGGGGUUUGUUUUAUGUUGACUUUCAAAGCCCAGAUAAAAAGUUGAUGCUGAAGUCUUCAGGACUCUUCUUUCAAAGGCUGAUAGAGGACAAUGGUUUCCCUGCAGUACCAGAAAACCAGCUCAUAAAAGGGACUUUCCCAUGUGACUUUGCUUGGGGGAUUACUGAAAAUUUUCUUCAGGUAGAUACAACUCGAUCCCAGUUCCUUGAUCCAAAUAUUUAUGUCUGGGAUGUGCAUAAAACCCAGAAGCUGAUUAAAAUUGAUGGAGGCAGUGCCCCACAUCGCAAGCUUCAUUGUGUUGAUCUUCCUGCUAUCCGGCUUCAGAUUUCUUUACUCCAAGAAAUGCACAUCACACAUUUUCAUUUUUCUUUGAAAUGGCCUUUGAUCUUCCCUUCAGUUAAUGAGACAUCUGCUAACCGCACACUUCUGUUUUACUAUCGGUGUUUUGUUAGUGAACUUCUCAGGGUUAAUAUAACUCCUGUUGUUGCUUUAUGGCAACCUAGUGCUGAACACCAAGGACUUCCUGUUUCACUAGCCAAACAAGGUGGAUGGAGGAACCAGUAUACUGUGGAGGCUUUUGUUGAGUAUGCUAGAUUCUGCUUUAAGAAUCUUGGGCAGCACAUCAAAUUUUGGAUCACAAUGAAUGAACCCAAUGUGAUGAAUGUGACAUACCCAGAAGCACAUAAUUUGCUGAAGGCUCAUGCCAGAGUAUGGCACCUCUAUGAUAAGACAUUCAGGAAGAUUCAGAAAGGUCAAAUAUCCAUUGCGUUCCAUGCCAACUGGGUUGAGCCAGCUUGUCCUUUUUCAAAAAAUGAUGAUGAUGCGGCCAAACGAGUUUUAGAAUUUGACAUUGGCUGGCUUGCUGAGCCCAUCUUUGGAACUGGUGACUAUCCAGAUGUGAUGAGGCAAUGGCUUCAUCAGAGGAACAGCCUGGGUUUUUAUAAUUCAUACUUACCAUAUUUCUCAGAAGAGGAAAGAAAUCUAAUACGUGGUUCCUUUGAUUUCUUUGCUUUGAGUCACUACACUACAUUUCUCGUGAACUCGGAAAACGAAGCUCCCAUGAAGUACAAUCACCUCCUCGAGAUCCAAAUGCAAAUUGAUAUCACCUGGGUAAAAUCACCCAACAGAAAUCCCGUGGUGCCCUGGGGAUUACGCAGGCUCCUCAAAUGGGUUAAGAAUAAAUAUGGCAACAUCCCCAUUUACAUCAUCGCGAGUGGAAUCGAUGACGAACAGAGUAUAGCUCAAGACAAAUUGAGAAUAUAUUACAUUGAGAAAUAUAUCAACGAGGCCUUAAAAGCCUAUACCUUGGAUAAUGUUAAUCUCCGUGGCUAUUUUGUCUAUUCUUUCAGUGAUAGAGGUGAUGCUAGAUCAUAUGGCCUCUAUCGUUACGUGGUUAAUCGGUAUGAGCCAAAGCCUUCCAUGAUGCAUUAUAGACAGAUCAUUGACAAUAACACCUUCCCUGGACCAGAAGCAUCCAACCUGGUUUGUUCCAAGGAGCUUAUUCUCUGCCCAGAAUGUGACUCUUUCCAACCAAGAAAAUCUCUGCUAGCUUUUAUGUCUUUUAUAUUAUUUGCUUUCAUUGUCACUAUAUUUCUGAUCACUUACUACUCCAAGAGGAUUGAUGGAAGUCAUAAAUACUGCUUUCGUAUUGCUCGCUGCCCUUUGCCUGCAUUACCUGGGGGAGUUUGCAAAUAAUUAUGCUCCAGAUUAUGAUUUCUAUUGCACUGCAAUUGUAUUAUUUAUGCUCCCUAAUGCUGUGGAAUACUAACUGUGAAAUGGAUUAGUACUCACAGAAUUCCCUGUGAUUCCUGUCUGUAUUAGCAUUUUUUGUUUGCAGGUACUCAUGUUUUUUGUUUUUGACUAGAGAUGGGGUAUUUGUGUAUGAAUGUGAAUAUCCCGGUGCAGCUGGAGUUAAUGAAGGUCCCGCCCUUGGGGCCACACCAUCCACUCACACAUUCGGUGGUGGCGGCGGCAGUGUCUCCUCUCUUCCUUCCAAUCACUUAAGAGCGCUUGGCUAGCCACUUGGGGCCUUGCAGGGAGACUUGUCCUCCCUCCCUCUGCCACAAGUGGCUAGAUGACUGGGAAGACUCAAGAGCAAUUGGAAGGAUGAGCAGGGCCAGUGGUGGUGGCAGACGUGUGAGUGGACAGCUGGCCUCAGGAGCUGGACCAUUGUUAACUCCAGCUGCAUGGGGAUACUCAGAUAUUCCAAUCUCUAUUUGUGAUGUUAGACCUCUCUGGUGCCCUGAUCCACUGAUGGAGAUAUAUGGGCAGAAGGAUGCUACACAACUGGUGUAGAUGCAAUAGAUGCAGAGCUGGUACAAUUUCAUCUGACUGUGUACUUUGUCAUCCACUGGUAGAAUCUCCUCUUUUAGGUGGAGGCUUGAAAUUAGUCUGAUAAAGACACAAAGUGAUUCAUUUGGUGUAAAAUGUCUUUCAGAUGGUCAUGAUAGAUUGGAAGCAUUUCAUUUUCUAAGUUCUCAGAAUAAAAUCAUCUUUAAAAAUUCCAGUCUGGGACUUCUAGGUUCUGAAUGUACUGCUCAAUGGGGUUUAGACCUCAUGCCUCUUAGAUGGAAAAGUCAGAAUUACAUCCUUUUAGAAAUAGAGGUUUUUUUAAAAAACUCUGUAAAGAUAGAUAGUGUGGAAGAAACAGGAGGAUGGAAUUUGGAAUCAGCUCAGAGCUUUGUCUUGCUUGUAAUUAAAGAUGGAAAAAUUCUUGCUGUUUGUGUUUAUCUAUGGAAGUACCCAUUUUGCACAUCCUGAGAUUUAAAAUGUGAUGGAAGGGAAAUUUGUCAAUCUGCUUUUUCCCCAGCUUGCAGUAUGUACUUAAUUAGGUAAAGAAAUAUGCACAGCACCAUAUAUACCUUUGAAAAAUGUACAAGACUGAAAAGCAUAUAUUUGAAGAACAUACAUUAAGAAGAUUUAGUGCAGGGGGGAACUUGGGCGGGGGGCUCUUCACCCAUGACUCAUUCCAUGGGCUGUCAGCUUGCCAAAGUUUGGUGGGAAAUUUUGGAAAAGCCAUAAAAAAGCCAUAAAAAUGGAAAGAGAAGGAUUGUUUAAAUACCUUUGGUAGAUGUUGGCAGUAAGACCUGACACUGAAUUUCAACAGCGCAGUUUUGUAGGGUAGGGGAGCUGGAAAAUGGUCUUUGGGACUGCAUGAGUUGUCUCCCCUGUUUUAAAUAAGGGGAAAAUGUAUGCACAGUGGUGGCUUUUUCAUGAAGAUAUGCAUACACAUGCUUGCUGUUGCUUAGUCAUUAAGUCAUGUCAGACUCUUCGUGAUCCCAUGGUCCAGAGCACGCCAGGCCCUC